GACUGUUGAGUGCGUCUUUGGUUUCAUCGAGAGACUACACGGAGCCAAAAACCCUCUCUCUCUCGUUCGCUCGCUCGCUAAGUUCUGAAGGAAGAGCAGAAGAAGAAAAAUGGCGACUUCUUCGUUCUCAGCCACAUCGCCGGCCGCCUCCGUCUCCGCCGUCUCCAAAACGACGUCGCGCUUCCCUCUCCAGAACCGUUCUCAUCUUCCUCGCAGAGUCUCCUUUCGCCUCUCUUCCAGGCCCAAGCUUCGCUUUCUCUCCAAGCCGAGUCUGAAUAGUUUUUCUGUGGUGAAAGCGCAAUCGAACAAGGUUGGUGGCGAUGGACCAUCUAAUGCUUCGGCAGCAUCCACGAAACUUGAAGUGCUGGCUGCUGAAGGAAAGGAUAGUGACUCAUCGAAAGAAUCUUCUUCCCCAUCUUCUUUAGCUACCGAAGAGUCCAUAUCCGAGUUCCUUACCCAAGUAACAGAUCUUGUCAAGCUUGUUGAUUCAAGAGACGUAGUCGAAUUGCAGUUGAAACAACUCGAUUGUGAACUGGUCAUCCGGAAAAAGGAGGCCUUACCUCAACCACAAUCUCCUACACCGGUUGUUAUGAUGCAGCCACCUACUCAACCAUCUUUCAUGCAUCAAGUACCUUCCCCUGCUCCUGCUCCACCUGCUUCUUCGCUGGCUCCUUCCUCUCCAGCCCCAUCUGCUCCAGCAUCCCCUCCUCCAUCUGCCAAGUCAUCGCUUCCAACUCUUAAAAGCCCUAUGGCAGGCACAUUCUACCGUAGCCCAGGACCUGCCGAACCACCUUUCAUAAAGGUUGGAGAUAAAGUGCAGAAGGGACAAGUUCUAUGCAUCAUAGAAGCCAUGAAACUGAUGAACGAAAUAGAGGCUGACCAAUCGGGAACGAUAGUUGAUAUCUUGGCAGAAGACGGGAAGCCUGUUAGUGUAGAUUCGCCUCUGUUUGUAAUUCAACCAUAGAGGAGGAGAAUCCAUACAACGGCAGAGGAGAAGACCAUCAAUGAUAGGUAAAAGCAUCAGUGAGUUGGGCUCUCUUGGAAUGUUUUGUCUUUGGUGUGCUUAAUGCUUAUGUUGGUUUUGGUCGGAGAUGAUGAGAUUCAGUUGAUGAUGAAUCAGAUUGGGACAUUAUUAUUUUUUUAUCUGAUUUUUGUUUUCAAGAAUCUUCUCUGUUUAGUUGUUUUAUUUUGGGGAUCCUCAUUUUCCUCGAGGGUUAAAGUUUAAAAGCACAUUUCAUUUUUGUAAGAUGGGUUUUGCAUUUCUUUCUUUUUU